CACAUCCAGAGUUCAAAGUUCAGAGUUCAGCGUGCUAACAUGCGUGUUUCAGUGGAGCAGUAGUGACUCUGAAGUGGCCGGUUUUAACAUGAAACUACUUUUAAGUUAGUUGUUACUUUUGCGUGUUUAUUUGGUUCGAACAUGACAGUGAACGUAUCACCACACGAGCUGACCCAGCUGAUCCACCGUCAUUUGAAGGAGCAUGGUUUCCAUUCAGCUGCAGAUGAGCUACAGAGGCACAGCCAACAGGGGGAGACAAAAACAUCUGCAUCGUUAUUGGACAUCUACAAUGUGUGGUUGAAUGACUCAAAAAAGAAGAGGAAGCCAAAUUCGUCCAAGCGCUCCAGUUUUGAAGAACAAGGACGGACACUAACUAAAGCCACGCCAAGGAAAAAGAAGGACAAACCUGCAAACAAAGCAGAGACACAAAAAAAGUCGGUGCCAGCAAAAAGGAAAAAAAGUGAUGGCAAAUCUGCAGAAAAUGUCCCCAAGGCUAAAAAGUCCAAGACCACUGCAAAAGACAAGGUUGUGGCUGCUGGAGGAGGUGAUUCAGACUCUGACAGCAGUCUGGAUGUAGAGAAAUGGAAGGAACGGUACUUGCAGAUGACAGAGUCCGACAUAGUCAAGAUGGACACCAUCAAUGCACUAGACUCGUCUGCACCACCACCCGCCAAAAAGAGAGUGAGGAAAUCCCGGGCCAAGCCUCCCGCAAAGAACGACACUGCUGUUCAACAGAACAACAAAACCGCUGGAAAGAAUGGAAAGGUGGAGGAGAAAUCCAUGACAGAAACAUCAACAGAGAAUAGUUCAUCCAAGAAGAGCAGGCCAAAAGAGACUGCACCUGUGACCUCUUCUGCCACCCCGACCCAAGAGCAAAACGUCAACGCUGUAGAAGACAGACCAGCGACAUCCAGUCUUUCCACGUCAAAAACGACACCAGCAAAGGAGAAAGUUAAAGAUGUGACUCCUAGUAAAGAAGAAACUGAUGAGGCAACGUCUGAGCCCAAGAAAAAGAAGAAGAAGAAGAAGAGGGAGAUGACUGAAGGCAAAGUGGAAGAGAAUACACAUGAGACUGGUGGAGAUGGAAAAGACAAAGAUGGUAAAGAGGAAAAGCAGACGAAAGUCACAGAGCAAGAGAUAAGUGAUGAUAAACCUGCAAAGGAGAAAAAGAAAGCGAAAGGAACAAAGGGAGACAGCAAAAUGGACAAGACUGAAGAAGAAGUUAUAGAGAAGAACACAAAUGGGGAUGUUGAUAAUAAUAAAAUGUCAGAGCCAGUGGUGCAAGAAAAGAAAGCGAAAAAAAAGAAAAAGGAGAAAACUGAUAAUGAGGAAAAUUCAGAGCCAGUAGCUGAAAAUGUAAAUGAAAAUUCGGAGCUGAUAGCUGAAGAAAAAAAAGCAAAGAAGAAGAGAAAGGCGAUCGCUAACAGUGAGGAGAAUUUAGAGGAAAUUGUUAAAGAAAAGAAGGCAAAGAAGAAGAAAAAGAUUAAUUCUGAUGAAGAAAAUCCAGACCAGAUAGUUAAAGAAAAGAAAAAGAAAAAAAAGCUAAAAGCUCAUCAUGAUGAGAUGUUGGAGCUGAUAGCUGAAGAAAAUACACUGACAAAGAAAUCAGAGAGCAGUGACGGAGAGGAAAAGCCAGAGCAGAACACUGAAAUGAAGAAGAAAAAGAAAAAGGAUUCAUCCUUGAAAAAUAACGACACAGAACCUCAAGCUCCACCCGACCCUGAGACACUAAGUCCUCCAACAGAGAAGAAGAAAAAGAAAAUCAAGUUGAAAUCAGCUGAAGUCCCAGAACCUAUCGAAGACUCUGCAGCAACACAAACCCUCCAAACACCCUCCAGUGACGCCCUCCACAAAAAGAAAAAGAAAUCCACAAGAACAGAGACUUGAAGAUCUUUGAUUCUGCAUCAGAUCCAAAAGAUGAAGGCAACACAUCCUGUCUGCCUCAUUUCUAAUCAUAUUUGAAUGGUUAUGAGGAUCAUAUAAAACUGUUGAGAGACACAUAGUUUUCUAUUUUUGUACGUUUCUUAUCAUUUUCAUUUGUUUUUUGUGUUCCACAUUGUGUGGCAUACUAUGCUUAAUUUUUAGUUUUGUCUGAUAUUGCCAUUUUAAUGGCAUUACAUUUUAAAGGGAUUUAUAACUGAUUGUUUGAUGGAUUAGAUGGUCUCUCUUAAACAUUUUUUUUUUUUAUUGACCAGAAUAAUGUCUUAUGCAGAUUUGUCUUUCAGUCUCUGGAAGUUUUCCCAUGACAGUCCCAAAUUUUAACCUGUUCUGAACAUACACCUACUAUCUCAGCCCUUGAGAAAAAAAGAGUACAUAACUUCCAAACAUUUUUGAACAGUUUGAUAUUUAUUCAGAUAUAUGAAUACAUUUUAAAAGCCAUUUUGUUAUUGGGUUAAAUGUUUGGUAAAAAAAAUGUUUGAUAAAGCUUUCAUGAAUGCAUUGUAAAUAAAUCUUUUAAUACAAAUUGAACUCCAUAUUUUCUUUAAACCUGUACAUAUCUGGAGUAUUUUAAGUGGACAAAGAGAAGAUGAAUGCACUGUGUUUAGUUUGUUACUGUUCAGUAGCCUUUAUUCAGGUCUGUCUGCUAGAAGGCCCUGCAGCUGAAGAACAAAAAACUUUAAUUAUGUUUUACCCAGUACCCAUGUGCAGAUCUUCUUAUAUACAGUGUAUGUGCAGGACUGACAGCCACAAUAAAU